UAAAGAGCAAAGCGGUAAACAACCACCCAAGCUCCGGCGCCCUUUCGACCUUACAAUAGACAACAACUCACAGAAAGUUUGUAUAUUCUUUAGGUUCUCGUCAUUUGCCCUAUACUCAUAGGGAUAUGUUUGCAUUCACUCUGGGCUUCUUUUUAAUCUGGUUUCUAUGCUGGUGGAUGCGAGAUAAACUUAAAAUAGGAAACAUCUCGGACAAGUACGUGUUCAUCACUGGAUGUGAUACUGGGUUUGGAAAUCUUGCUGCAAAAGUAUUUGAUGCAGGUGGAUUUCGAGUGCUUGCUGGCUGCCUGACGGAAGAGGGGGCUCAAGGCUUAAAUAAUGAGACUUCAAGCAGGUUGAAAACAAUCUUGUUGGAUAUUACAAAAUCUGAUAGUAUUGAGAAUGCAACUGAUCUGAUCAAAGUUGAAGUAGGAAACCAGGGUCUGUGGGGAUUAGUAAACAAUGCUGGAAUAGCUGGAAUACUCUGUCCCACAGAUUGGUUACAGAUUGAACAUUUCAGAAGACCUAUUGAAGUUAAUUUAUUGGGACCAAUUGAGAUGACAUUAAAAUUGCUACCUCUGAUUAAGAAAGCCAGAGGAAGAAUAGUGAAUGUAAGCAGUGUGCUCGGUCGAUUAGCGUUGACUGGUGGAGGAUACUUCCCAUCGAAAUUUGGAAUGGAAGCUUUCAACGAUAGUUUAAGGCGUGAUAUGAAGCAUUUUGGAAUAAAAGUCUCAUGUAUCGAGCCUGGGAUGUUUGUAACCAAACUGACAGAUUGCAGCUUACAGCGUCAUGAAAAGCAAGAGCUCUGGGACCACCUAUCACCUGAUCUGAAAAAGCAAUAUGGAGAAAAUUAUUUAAUACAAUCAGACACCAGACAGGAGAAAUUAGUGAAAAAAUGGUCAAGUAAAGAUCUUUCCCAGGUGGUGUGGUGUAUGGAACAUGCUCUGACAGCAAAGUACCCUCGAUCCCGGUACAGUGCAGGUAUUGAUGCAAAGCUGCUUUGGAUUCCAAUGACUUACUUGCCGACAUUUGCCUCGGACUAUCUGUUGGCUCAGGAUACAGUAAUAGACUCAAAUGCUGUGUAAAAAGACCAUCAUUCCAUCUUCUAAAUCAACAUCACUUUAAUGGAAGUAAUAAGACUGACAAGAAGAUAUCAAAAAGAAAAAAAUGAACUUCACACAUGCGGCAACAUUUUUCUGCAGUGAAACAAGUACUGAUUAAGUCAGUUAUUCUGAGGAAGGGUCACCACAACCGAAGUGGUAACUGAUUUUUUUCUUUACAGAUGCUGCCAGACCUGCUGAGCAUUUCCAGCAACUUCUGUUUUUGUUCCUGAUUAAGUCAGUGAUGUCAUAUGAUCAAACUAUAUGCAGAAGUGAGUCUGGAGUUUGUUUCAGGAGAAGAUGAAAUAUGUCACUAUAUUAGUACCAGAUUGCUUAGAUUUGUAUUUAUGGUAAGAAAACCCAAAUAUUUUAAUGUUUUUAAAGUUUCUUUAUAAUGUUUUUGUUUUGAUGCUAUGUAUAUGCCUCAAUCAUUUAUUUCAUAAUAUUCAAACUUUAAGUUAAACAUGAAGAGAUUCUAUAACUUUUAUUUCUGGCAUACUGUCUGUGAGAAUACUUCCAAAAUGAUUGGCAGCUUACCCAGUUUCAUGGAUGCUUGGAGAUCUUCUUGGCUUGGCAAAAGACUACAGCGAUCUCUGGAUCUUUGUGAGCAAAUUUUGUUGCGUAUUAUCAUAAACACUAUUUCAGUGAUGAUUUUUUCAAUGAUUUUUACGACAAUCACAUGGUUAUUUUUUAAAAUUACUAAUAUUGCACAACAUUUAAGUCCUGAAUUACGAUUGUAUGGAAUUUAGACAUCUGUAUUUUGUAAUUUGUAUUAUGCUACUGGAAAGGGUGAGGCAAACCUGUCAGUCCUGAAAGGGUUGAGGGAGGCAGUAUUAGGAACACAAUCCAGUUCCACUAGUAUAAUCUUCCAUUUAAACUUGAUAGUGAGUCACUCAUCCAUUCGCACAUUUAAUUAUUUUCCAUUUAUUUUUUCUUAAAAAAUAUAGUUUGAGUCAACAUUUAUUUGCAAGAUGCAAUUUCUUAUCAGGUUUAGAAUGUCAAUGUAUUGUUCUUCAAAAUAAAGCACUGAAAUUUAAAAUUUAGAUCAGUUUAAGUGCACUUGUAGCUGCUAUUUGCUUUUUGUUCUCUAAUUACACCAUUGUCGAUCAAGCUAAGUCCCCUUUAACUAGCUGCUGUGCCUCCCUAUUUAUCAGAUGUAUUUAAUUAACUGUAACACACUUGGAGAAUAGCAAAAGAUGGGAAAGACAUGUUUUUACUUUAUUUUCUUAAGAUAUCAGAGACGGGCUCAGGGUAAAUAAUUGAACAUUGCUGGCUGUGCAGAAUUCAAUGAUGUUUUUUAAAGAGCAUUUUCAGAUGGUGAAGGAUGUAGCAAAGUGAAAAGUUAACAGAGCGAGUUAUAAUUGGUGGGGCCCAGACAGGUGAAAACAUUGUUAUCAAGUGAGGAAUGUGGGAAGGUGGGGUGUGGUCAAGUUUAGACAUGACGAAUACCUUUUGGGAUAUACAGCUGGUGGAGUUUGCAAGCUUAGACUGAUAUGAGGCCCUAAAGAAAUUUAUAAAAAAGGGCAG